UGUUUGGUAAAGGAGUUGUUCCUGGGCUGGUUAUUGGUUUUUCCAACGCUACAAUAAAUGUAAUUUUAACGCAGUAAGAUAAAUGAAAAUGCCGAAAACUACAAAACUAAAACGUAAAGCCAUUUCUUUGGAAACCAAAAUUGAAAUUUUAGAUCGCCUUCGAAAUGGAGAGGGCUCAACAUUUCUUGGCAAAAUGUUCGGCUUAAACGAAGCCACAGUAAGAACUAUAAAAAGAAAUGAAUUUUCAAUUAGGCAAUCGAUGAUUUCUGGAACAAAACUAUCUGUUAAGUCUUCAUCAUACACUAGAGAUGCUACUAAAGAAAAAAUGGAAAAAGCACUGAUAAUAUGGCUUGAGGACAAUGCACAAAAACGGAUUCCCGUAGACGGAAAGAAUAUCAAACAGCAAGCAUUAAGGUUCUAUAAAAUGAUUAAAGACGAACAAUCGUCUACCUCUACACAAUCCACUCCUGAGAAGACCUACUUAUUUUCUGCGAGCACAGGUUGGUUGACAGGAUUUCUCCAAAGGCAUGCGCUUCAUAACAUAAAAAUCAAGGGCGAGACUUGUUCUGCGGGUCAGAAAGCUGCCAAAGAAAAACUUAAAACAAUAAGCAGUGAUAGUGAAGAAUCUGUUAAGCUUACUGCAGAUUUAAUUGAAGAAGGACAUCAACUGGCAAAUAAAUUAGAAUACCAUUUCGUCACAAACGAUCCCAAUGUGGAAAGAGUUGCACAAUUCCAGCGUGAGCUGAAUUCUUGUAUGGAUCGUUACAAAGAAUUAUACAAAGAGGUAGCAACAAUUGACUCAUAACAGAGUCCACUGUUAAAGAAUCCAGUUCAAAAUUAUUCCAGCGAUGCGAAGCAAGCGAGCUCGAGUGAAUUAAAUUGUUGUGUUCCUGUAUUUAUGAUUAUCAUUUUAAUUUUGAAACAUUUGUUUUUCUCAUAAAUGGAAUAACCUAUCCUUGUUGCUAACAA